AUGCCCCUCCCUCCAUCUCCCCUGAAACUUGCUCACCGCAACCCCUCAACAAUGGACGAUCCGCCAAUCUCACCAGGGACCGGAGCCAAUGGAUUUGCUCCCCAAAGCCCUCUCGAGCCACGAACCCCCCGGUUGUCCGCACCACCUUCUCCGGUCACUCCCCGCCAGAAUAUCCACGCCAUGAACGGAUCCCAGCGCGAAUCGGUAGACUUCUCCACUGACACAGGGGGUGGUGGACUGGGAAAUCUUGCCGAUGAACUGGCAGAUGCUUGGGAACAAGAAGAAGAGGGCUAUGGCUACGCGUCGGGACAGGAGACCAGUACCGCAGGGUCCCAGCAAAUAGACCAUAGCGAUGGCGAAGAUGCGUACAUGCAGCUCCGACCUAAUCAAUUCCGCCACCGACGGGCAGAGUCUCAUUAUGACGGCUCGGACUAUGGGAACGACUCGGACCUUGACGAGGCGGCCGACAUUUCCCCCGCAUUGGAGACCCAAAUGGCAGAUAUCGAAAGCCUUGCUCGGCGGGGCAUCGAGAACAAUGGCAGUGAGAAUGAUCAUGUUAUCCAGCGAACCAUCGAAGCCCUUCGGGACCUCGGUGCACAAAGCGGAAUUGAGAACAGCGCCAUGCGUCUGAUCACUGCCCACUCUUCCAUCACAUCACAUCUUACACACCAAACCCGCACGCUCCAGUCCCUCAUCCACCCUCUCCUCUUCUCUCCUUUUCCACUCCUUUCCGAAGACGCCAUAGACUCACUCAUGCCCCUCAUCGACGACGGCCUACUGCCAAAUCUCCCAUACCCGCUCCCCGAACAAUCACAGUCCCGGCGCGACUCUCGGCCAUCUACCCCCUCACAGUCGCCAGCUAUCAACCCUCUCGUUUCCCUGCAGGCCCUCAUCUCCCAGACAUCCGAUAUCACUCACUCCCUUCGCGGUCUGAGUGAUACCCUUUACGAAUCUCGACAGUUGACCUCUACCGCGUCCCGGCGACUGCGGUCUGCUCGAGAACUCGUUUCCGAUCUCCGGCGGGAGGAAGAGAGCCGCGAAGAAGGCUCACGCUGGAUUGAGGUCGGCGAGUGGGAUCGCCGGCUAAAGGAUCGCGAAGCCGGGAAAGAAUGCGGUGAUGUCGUCAGCGGCUUCGAAAAAGUGUGUGGCGAGUGGCGCGAAAAGCUUUUUGGGGCUGGUGCUGAAGUGGCUGCGGUCUGA